CACAGCUUGGCGCGGGCGGUGGCGCGGGCGGUUAAGCGGCGGGCUGCAUCUCCACAGGGAACGCAAGAUGAUGAAGUAAAUCUUUUAGCUUUGAUUGUAAAAAAAAAAUAUAAUGCAGCCCAAGAAUGCAAAGCAGAACUAGAUAACUACUGUAAUGAUUUAAAAAAAGUAGAAUCAAAUUUAGACAAAGUUCAUCCAAUCUUAAAAGGAUUAUGUGAGAAAACAGAAGAAAAGUGUAAUAAUUUGAAAGAAGAAAUUACUAAAAAAUGUACAAUACAUAAGACUGCAUUAGAUCCAGUAGUGAAAAAAACACUUUUGGAAGAUAAUGACUGUACGAAUGAAAAUGUAUGCAUGUUUUUAGAGGGAGCGUGUUCAGAUGAUCUUAAAAAAAAUUGCUAUGAAUUAAGAGAAAAAUGCAAAGAAAAAAAACGAAGUAAAAUAAACGAAGAAAUUCUUUUAAGAGCAUUUAGUGGGAAUUUGAAAACUGAACAAGAUUGCAAUAAAGUUAUCAAUGAAAAAUGUCUUUUACUGAUGAAAGAAAGUGAUGAACUUAUGUCUUUUUGUUUAACAAAGCAAGAAAAAUGUAAAGAAUUAAAAGAAACAGCAAAAAAAAAAUGUGAUGAGUUGAAAAAAGAUACGAAAAAAAUUAUUGAUAACAACAGCACAUCAAAAGAAGAAUGUGCAUUACAACUUAAGAGAUGCCACUUUUAUGGACCAAACUGUGAUAAACUUCAGGAUCAAUGUAAAGAAAUAAAAAAAAAAUGCGAGGAAAAGAUAAAAUAUAUACCGCCGGGCUCAAAAAUUGAUCCAAUAAAACAAGAAGCUACUUUGGUAGAAAAGAUAGAAAAAGAAGAUUUAUUUAAAGGAAAUGUUGGAAGACCAGAAACAAAGGAUUCAAUUGAUCUAUUAGCGUUAAUAGCAAGUGAAGACUUAAAAAAAUGUCAAGACAAACUUAAAAAUGGAAAAGAAUUUUACGAAAAUAUACCUCAGCUGAAAAGUUUCUAUCAAAAAAAUAAAGAACUAAGUACAGAAGGAAAAGAAGCAUGUGAGAAGUUAGAAGAAAAGGUAAAACUUAGAUGCAAGACAUUAAAAUCGGAAUUACAUGGAAUAUCAUUAUCAGAUACUAAUAAUGAAAGCAAAGAUGCUGCUCCACUAGAAUGGGAUGAGCAAUCCACAGAACUUGAUGAAAAAUUUUGCAUAAGUUUGGAGUCGGAAUGUUUUUAUUUACAAAAACCUUGCGAAAAAUUGAACAUUAAACUUGGUAAUGCAUGCAAAAAUGCAAGAUCAGCAUGUUUGAAAACACAAAAAUUUAGAGAAGCAUAUGAAUAUUUCCAAGAGAGUUUUGAAAAGCCAUUGCCUAAUUUAAUAAAGAAUAAUGGAAUUAAAAAAUGCGAAAGUCAUCUGAUAGAUCUAUGUAAAAAAAUAACAAGCAUUAACGGAGUAAUAGUAGAGCUCUGUUUAUACCCAAAAAGCACAUGCAUAGCGCUUGGAAAUAAUAUCAGAGAACAAGGUGUUCAUUUGGUAAGAGUUUUGGACUUAAAACGAGAUUUUCCAAGUCACGAAAACUGUAAAGAGCUAGAAAAGAAAUGUGAAUAUUUACAGAAUAAUUUAGAAGAGAUUGAGUGGCCAUGUCGUACACUAAACCAGCACUGUGAUCGAUUAAGAAAUACAGAGCAAUUGGAAGAUAAGUUACUAGAAAAAAAGAUAAAAGAUUUAAAAAAUGAAACAAUUUGUAAAAAAAAUGUUAAAGAACAAUGUAAUGAUUGGAUUAAGAAAAGGAAAACACAGUUUAUUCUUGCAUGUAUAACACAGAAUACUACUUGUAAAAUUAUCACAGAAAGCCUCUUUUUUAAAUGUACAGCAUUAGGGAAAAAUAUAGAAACACUGAAAAUUGUUGAAAAAGCAAAUAAGGAAAAAAAAAGAGAAUCAACUUGUAACCUUUGGGAACCGUAUUGUGACAAAUUUAUGACUAGCUGCAAUAAUCUAACAAAUGCUGGUAAUGGAGUGUGUGAGAAACUUAAGAAGGAAUGUAAACCAUACCGGGAGAGAUAUAAUCUAGAAAUGGAAGUUAUGUAUGAGUUUAAAGGGAAGCUUAGGAGUAAAUGUAAAGAGACUCUUGACCAGUAUUGCACACAAUGGACUAAGAAAAAAAAUAGCACAUUGGAGAAUCUUUGUAAUGGUAAUAGUGGUAGUAAGAGUGAUACUGUUAGGACCGAACUAUGCGAAAAAUUAUUAAAACUGUUGGAAAAAAAAUGCGCAGAAUUGUCUACAAAAUUACAAGCAAAAUCAACAAUAAUAAAAGAGAAAGUGAAAGAAGUUAAUGAUUUAAAUGAAGUAGCAAAAAAAGCAUCAGAAGGUGCAAAACUUGUUCUAUCAUCGUUAAAGAAAAAUGAAGUGAAUUCAGGGAAAAAUGCGAAUAGUGAUCAAAGUAAAUCAGUAGGAGGAGCAAAUACGACUCAAAAGACGCAAGCCAGACUUGUUCGGAGAGGAACAGUUGAAGUACUUGUCACAGAGGCAGAAGUUGAAGCCUUCGAUGCAGUAUCAAGAGCACUGGAGGCGUAUGUGGAAGUCAAUGAAGAAUGUAAAGUUUUGAAAUUAGAAUGUGGGUUUAAAGAAGAGUGCCCGACAUUACAAGAUGCAUGCAGUAAAAUUGAGAAGGCAUGCAACGAAUUAAAGUCAUUGGAAGUGAAACCAUACGAAAUAGAAACAACGACGACAACCACCACAACCACAACCACCACUACAACAACAAAGACAGAGGGAGAAGGAAAGGCAACAGACUGCCAGUCUCUGCAGACGACAGAUACGUGGGUCACAAAGACGUCGACCCAUACUAGCACAUCCACAACUACGUCUACGGUCACAUCGAGAAUAACGUUGACUUCGACGAGGCGGUGUAAGCCUACGAAGUGUACGACAGGAGAGGAAGAUGAUGCAGGAGAGGUGAAGCCGAGUGAGGGGUUGAGGAUGAGUGGGUGGAGUGUGAUGAGGGGGGUGUUGGUGGCAAUGAUGAUUUCAUUCAUGAUUUAG